AUGGCUGCUGUGCCGCAGAGGACACUCAACUGGCUAUACAGUGUAUUGAUCCGGGAUCAUUACGAUCCCCGACAGACGUAUCAGGACCCCAAUCGCACCUACUAUGAUGUGGCCUCCGUGCUUGCUCAGUAUCCCUCCCUGUCCCCACGAACCGAAGUCUACACGUAUGAAAAUGGUUUCUCGGCCCUUCUACUGCAACUCACUGGCACGGUACCUGUUACGUUUCGCGGCACGGUCUACAAGUUUCCUAUAUCGCUAUGGGUCCCCAAUACCUACCCCCGAGAGCCACCAAUUGUCUACGUGACUCCGACUCAGGAUAUGGCUGUUCGAGUUGGCCAACAUGUGACAUUGGAAGGAAGAGUGUAUCAUCAUUAUCUAGCACACUGGGCAGAGGCUUGGGAGAGAUCAACCCUUGUAGACCUUGUCUCUAUACUUCGUGAGGUCUUUGCAAAGGAGCCACCGGUCCGAUACAAACAGCAACAAGUACCACCACGCCCACAACAACCUGAGCCAACGCAAACGCCGCCUCCUCUACCUCCACUCCCAGCAGAACUCGGAUUAUCCGCGUCUCACUCACCAUUGCACCAGAAUGUGCCUUCGCCAGUGCCGGCGGUGCCACCUCCCCCACCUCCCAAACCUGGACAAGCGGUCUCUGCUGAGCAACGACAACCGAUGCUUGCAGCGCAGCCCAACUCCCCAUCGCCUCUUCCUCCACUACCACCGAAGGAACAGGAUCCACGAUGGCCGCCUCGAACCCAUGCAAGGACUAGCAUCCCAACGGAUCGCCUAUCGCAGUACCCACUAGAACCAAGUGGCAUGGGAAGCCCGACGACUCCGCAUCGUUAUCCUCAGCAGCAGCACCCCACGGCACAUCCAAUGCCAGCCUAUACACAAGGCCCCCUACCUUCCCAAGCUGAUAGCCGAGCACCGCCUGGCGCAAUAUCGCAGCAACAGCCCCCCCAUGGCCUCCCUCAACAAGUUUCUCCCCAUCGCCCAACACAUCACCCAGCAAAUAGCGGAUACCAGCAGAUGACACCACUGCAAGCACCUCAGCAGGCCUCUCAUCACAGUUUUCAGCGACCAUCUUCAGAGACCCAACUAGCGGUGAAACCCAGGGCCGAAACUCCUGAUCUUCUUACUUCACCUUUUGAGGUUGAGCUUCCAUCAGUCACCUCCGGACCUGCACCGCCAAUUCCCCCAAAUCCAGAAAAGGAUGCGCUGUUACACGCUGUGUCCAAGGCAUUGGCCGAGACGUUGCAGACAAAUGUGUCGCAAACCGAGUCUGCAGCGCGAUCUCUACAGUCACAGUCGGACUCUUUGCACGCAGCGAUUGCCACCUUGCAAGGCGAGAUCUCCUCAUUAAACACCCUUAAUUCAAGCCUCCAGUCGAACACCUCCACCCUGCAGCAGUCCCUUCACCGCGCCGAUGCUGUCAUAGCUGAUGCACAAGGUCGCAUAUCGUCAUCUGCCGCACAGUCGAGCUUAGAUCCAGUACCCUCCGGUCUUCCUCCAAUCGACGAGGUCCUCGUCGCCCCAACAGUCGUGGGUAAGCAACUGUACGACUUGGUGGCAGAGGAACGCGGCAUUCAGCAGGCCAUUUACGCCCUACAAACUGCCCACGUCAAAGGUAUGAUCGGGGUGGAAACAUGGUCCCGGCACACACGCGGGUUAGCGCGAGAGGCCUUCUUAAAGCGAGCUCUUAUACGAAAAAUCGGGAAGGGCAUGGGUCUUGAUGAAUAUCAAAUCUAA